AUGCGCUGCCUGGGCACCACCCUUGACGGGACGAGGUGCGAACUCCCAGCAGGUGGCCAGCCCUACUGCCACAAGCACGACUGGCAGCAGUAUCCCCACGGCUCACCCCAUGCGCGCGUUCUGUACGGCCCUGCGCACAAACGCGACCUCCUUUGUUUGACGCCCAGCGCGCCGAGCGUCGAAGAAGAGUCCGAGACAAAGACCAUCAAGCCUCGCUCGAAGAUGGCAGCGUCAAGGCCCGAGCCUGCCUCAAAGACGCGUUCCACCUCAAAGCUUAGCUUGGACGAGAUCGCAAAGACUACGACCACCCAGCCCAAUCCAGGGACGCCCCCAAAGCCCAUACUGAACAAGGAACCUGCUGCCGUCCGGGGUCCUUCCACACUAGCAGCCCUACGCAAGACCAAGCCGCCGAUCCGGACCCUCGCCUUCUCGCGCUCGGCCUUCCUCCCCGCGAAGAAGAAGGCCACCGCACCCCUUCCCGUCUUUCCGCCCACGGAACCGCUUCCCAAGACCCAUCCCAAGCCCAAGACGACCUACACAGACGAAGGCAAGCAGCCCCAAGUCCAGCCCUCGCUCUCUGACCCAGGUGAGCCUGAGCCGAGGCGCUCCGCUGCGCGCACGCUGGGAAGCUUCAACCGAGCCCCCAGUGCCAUAGCGCGGCUAGAAGAGAAGGUUGAUGAGUUGGCGGGGAGGGUGGGCCGCUUGGAGCUGCAGACGGGUGACAUCAAGGAGGAGACGGGUGAUAUCAAGGAGGAGACGGGUGAUAUCAAGGAGGAGACGGGUGAUAUCAAGGAGGAGAAGGUUGAUGGCAAGGAGAAGGAGUAG